AUGCUCAGCUCCAGCAAGCGUAACGCCCAGCGUGAGGGCCAGUCUCGUGGCGCUCCCUCGGCCACUCAGUCGAGUGCUCACUUGUCCCUUGCUCGCUUUGAUGGCAACCGUGACCCCGUCCCCACUGGACCCGCUCCUCAGUUGAUCGAAGGCAUUUCCAACAAUGUCAAGAACAUCGACCUCGGCGCUGGCAUGUGGUCUGACGCUCGCGGUGCACGCAACGCCUUCCAAGGCCGUCAGCCUGCUUCAAAGCUCGGCAGAGAGGUCAACAUUCAGUUGAACGCUUUCGCCGUCACUGCUCUGCCCGUCAAGCCUAUUUACCAGUACCAGGUCAUGGUUGGCACUGGCGCUGAGAAGCGUGGCUUGAUCAAGGCCGUGUGGAACAGCCAGGCUACUAGAAAGCACCUCGGCGCUGGUUGGAUCUUUGACGGCCAGACUCUCGCCUGGAGCAGCGAGAAGAAGGAGACUGAGAUCCGUUUCAACGUCAAUCUCGACGAUGAGGCUGGUCACAAGGCUCGUCCUGGCGGUACUGAUGUGCACCGCGUCAUCCUCGGGCUUACUGCGGUCAUUGACUUCACGACAUUGACCGCCUACCUCAACAACCAGGCCGCUUACGACAAGAAGAUCCUCCAAGCCAUCACUGUGCUGGAUCACAUCAUGCGCGAGAGCCCCUCGAACAAGUUCAUCUCAAUCAAGCGCUCCUUCUUCGCCGCCGCUUCUCAACGCACCUCACUGGGUGGUCACGUCGAACACACCACUGGUGUCUAUCAGUCUUUGCGCAUUGCCCACCACCCUGGUGGUAACCGUCUGGUCGUCAACGCCGACGUCGCCAACGGGACCUUCUGGUCGCCUGGUCCCCUCUCGAGAGCCGUCGUCGCUGUUACGAGACUCAGAGAUGAGGCCGAGAUCCAGCGCUUGCUCGCGCCUAACAACAACAAGUGGUACGAUCUUCGUCGUCUGAAGAAGCUUCGCGUUUUCGCCGGUCACCGCAAGGGCGCCAUUGAUGACUAUGUGAUCGACUCCUUCUUGAGAUCAGACUCGUCUCACCUAUUGAGCUUCAAGGACGGUAGCAAGAAGUCUGUCAAGGACUACUUCCAGCAAACCCACAACAUCAGACUGCAGUAUCCUGGCUGGCCUGUCGUUCAGAUGACCAAGAAGGCCAUUCUUCCCUUGGAGCUUCUCAAGAUCAAGGAAAACCAGCGUUACACCUUCAAGCUUGAUGAGGUCCAGACUUCCAACAUGAUCAAGAAGGCUGUCACUCCUCCUAGGGACCGCUGGACUGCCAUCUCGGCCGGUAUCAACAUGAUCAACUGGUCCACGGACCCCUCCCUCGCCCAUUAUGGCAUGUCCAUCCAGCAGCAGCCCAUUGUCGCUAAGGCUCGCCUGUUGACCAACCCCAAGCUGCAAUUUGGUGGCACCGGCAGUGCUGCUCAGGCCGACCCCAGAACCAGUGGUCGUUGGGACCUGAAGGGCAAGAAGUUCGCAUCCAUCCCUCCUCCCGCCGUUUUGAACGGAACCUGGGGUGUCUGCGUGGUGCCUGGCAGAUUCCAGGUUGACAAGGCUGCUAUCGAGAGAUUCGUCAAGAGCUUCGCCCAAUCCUACGGUGUUCACGGCGCAUCACUCNCCCCUGCCUACCAGACCCCUGCUAUCCACUACCCCUCAAGCCCCGAUCCUGCUAGCUUUGCGCAGGAGGCCUUUACUGUCGCCGGCAACAAGCACAAGUUGAGACCACAAAUUCUUAUGUUCAUCCUGAUGGACAAGAACAGCUUCGUCUACGGCAAGAUCAAGAGAUUCUGCGAAUGCAAGCUCGGCAUUCCUUCUCAGUGCGUCCAGUACGCCCACGUUCAGAAGGCUCAGCCUCAGUACAUCUCGAACGUAUUGAUGAAGUUCAAUGCCAAAUUGGGCGGCUUCACCAACACCGCCUUCACGCAGCAGACCGUCAAGGGUAUCCUCGACAACACCACCGUCGUUAUUGGCGCCGAUGUUUCUCACUCUGCUCCUGGUCUGAAGGGCCCCUCCAUGGCCGCCAUGACUGUCUCGAUGAACCUCCAGGGCACUCGUUACGCUGCUGCGGUCGAGACCAACGGUUACCGUGUCGAGAUGAUCACCGACGAGAACAUCGAGAGGCACAUCAUGUCGCUUAUCAAGAACGGCUGGGUCAACAAGGUUGGCCAGGGCAGAGCUCCUGCCACUGUCCUCUACUUCCGUGACGGUGUCUCCGAGGGCCAGUUCGCUCAAGUCAUUGACCAGGAAGUGGCUGCUAUGAAGAAGGCUUUCCUUAAGGUGUUCAACAGCUCUCCCAAGUUCUUGGUCGUCAUUGCCUCCAAGCGCCACCACGUCCGCUUCUUCCCCCAGAGCGGUGGCGACAAGAACAACAACGCCCUUCCCGGCACUCUCGUUGAGACUGGAGUUACUCAGCCCUACGAGAACGACUUCUACCUUUGCGCCCAUGCGGCCAUCAAGGGCACAGCUCGUCCCGUUCACUACAACGUCCUGCUCAACGAGCCUCAGUGGCCCAACGACAAGAUCCAGACACUGAUCUACGAGCACUCAUACCAGUACAUCCGUGCUACCACUCCUGUGUCGAUCUUCCCUGCCGUCUACUAUGCCCACAUUGCCUCUCUGCGCGGUGCUCACCACAGCAAGGGCUUCGGCGUUGAGGUCGACCAGCAGUCCACUGUUCAAGGUCCCAGCAACACUGGUUCCGAGGAUCCUGUCUUCNCCCCUCUUCUUGCCAUGGCCAACCCUGCCACCAUGAACCCUGGCAUGUGGUACAUCUAG